AUGUCUAUUGACCCUAGGCUAUUCCCUAAGCGGGUGACCUAUAGCGCCCUGCUGACAGUCAAUGUCUUCGUUUUCAUGGGUAAUAUGUAUUCCUCCGGCAUUGCAACGGGCUUCGAGUCCUUAGCUGCCGAGUUCCAUACACCCUUUGCUACGCUUGCGGAUCUGAUCGCUUAUUCUGUUCUGGCUAUGGGACUGUCCAAUCUGGUUUGGAUGCCUCUGGCUCUGACUUUCGGCAAGCGGCCCAUCGUCAUUAUCUCCAUGGCGAUGUUCUUGGGUGGUAUUAUCUGGAGUUGUGUUGCCAAGGACUAUAACAGUCUAAUGGCCUCGCGAGUCUUUGCUAGUUUCGGAUAUGGCUCCAUUGAGUCUCUUGGUCCCAGCAUUCUCGCUGACCUAUUCUACGAACGAAAUUACUCCAGCGCCAUGGCCGUGUACGCUGCCUUCCUCUCCGGUGGAUCGCAGAUCGGACCGGUCAUCGCUGGUUAUCUGAUCGAAUCCAAGGGCUGGAGAUGGUUCUUCAUCCUUUGCGCUAUCAUCGCCGCUGUCAACCUCGUUGCCACAAUUUUCCUGCUCCCAGAGACCCUUUACGAAGUGGAACAAGAGCCUGAAAUCAUCAACGACAUCGAGAAAGACGCUAGCAGCCAUGUCGAGACAGUUACCCGAACGGAGACCCGUACCGAGACUCGCGUCAAGAUGGACUACUCUGCAUACUGGAGCGACCUUUGGUCAUUCACCCUAUCCAAGGAAGCAAAAGAAAGGGGCAUCAUCAAAAACAUCCUCUAUCUCUUCAUUCUUCCCUUCCCAAUGCUCCUCGUCCCAGGAGUUCUCGCCGCAUCAGUGAUGUACGGCGUCGUGCUCGGAGCCGUCGUCAUAAUCUCAACAAUAGCCCCAGACCUCUUCGCGCCCCCACCAUACCUCUUCUCCUCCGCCGACCUGGGCCUCUUCACAUUCAGCAGCUUCGUCGGCAUAGUAGUAGCCUGGCCAAUUGCCGGCCCGCUAACCGAUCGUCUCUCCCGCUGGCUCCGCAACCGAAAUAACGGAAUCCACAAGCCAGAACACCGUCUCCCAGCCCUCAUCCUCCCAUUCCUCAUCUGCCCCAUCGGCCUCGUCGUCUUCGGGUACACAGUCGCGCGCCAACAGCAUUAUAUCCGGCCCGCUGUGGGCUCUGCUAUCUGUGCUGCGGGUCUCACGCUCGUGCCGUCUGUCAUGCUGUCCUAUGUUGUUGAUUCGUAUCCGAGGACUAGUGGCGAGGCGUUGGUGCUAGUUAAUGCUUCGAAGAAUGUUGUUGCGUUUGGGCUUACCAAGGGCGCUUAUUCUUGGAUGACUAUGCAGGGCAUUGAUAAGAUGCUUUAUGAAUUUGCGGCGGUUGAGUGGGCUGUGCUGUUUUUGGCGUUGCCGUUGUAUAUCUUUGGUCCUCGGAUUCGGCGCCGGACGCAGAAGUUUUUCUAG